CCACAACAUCGUUUCUUCAACAACCAAAAACACUAGGUGGGGUAGAGACUCCAUGACCUACCACCGCCGGUACCAAUCCAUAACUAUUGGACUGUUAUUGACUCACAAAUGCAACUCAGUAUAACAACAAAUCGUAGCCGGUUUCCCGCCGUACACUUUGCUAUCUCCUAUCUCUCUGCCUCCUCUCAUUUUCACUCAUCCAACAUGGCCGCCGUAUCGGAGAAUGGCACCACAGAACCUCCGGUGAUCGACGACAAUGUCAAAUUUGGAUUCUUACGGAAGGAGAUGAACACCGAGAAACUCGCCGGAACCGCUAUCGCUUACGACCGUCAUGUUAUCCUCUGCUAUAAAACUCACGAGACGUGGCCUUCUCGAGUUGAAUCCUCCGACAGCCAUCCGUUCCCUAAGCUUCUCGCUGGAGCUCUUAAAGCUCGUAAAAACGACAUUCCUGUGAAGACUUUAAUGACGAUAUGCGAGGGUCGUGAAGGUACAGAGCUAUCAGAUGGAGAUGUAUUGCUUUUCCCUGAAAUGGUCAAGUAUAGGGGAUUGAAAGAACCGGAUAUUAAUAGCUUUGUGGAUGAAGUUAUUGUGAAUAGAAAAGAAUGGUCUACAGGUGUUCAAGAAAAGAUGACAGGUUCACACAUAUUUGUGUGUGCUCAUAGUAGUCGAGAUAAAAGGUGUGGCUUUUGUGGGCCCAUUUUAAUCAAGAAAUUCAAAGAGGAAGCUGAAUUAAGAGGAUUGAAGAAUGUGUAUGUUAGUGCAUGUUCACAUGUUGGUGGCCAUAAGUAUGCAGGAAACUUGAUAAUUUAUAGUGUUCAAAAUAACAAAGUUUCUGGUCAUUGGUAUGGUUAUGUUAGUCCAAAUGAUGUGCCUGAAUUGCUUGAUGAUCAUAUUGGAAAAGGUCAAAUCAUUGAGAGAAUUUGGAGGGGCCAAAUGGGAGUUCCACUUCUGAAGAAAGUUUCUUCACUGAAAGCGGUUGAACCAUCACUUCCAAAUGGAAACCCUUUAAUCAAUGAAAAGAAAAAUCAAACAAAUGAAACCAAAGAAGAGAAAAAAGAAGAAGAUAACAUUAAAAAGGAGAAAGAAGAUGGGAUUGGGGAAGGGGAAGGGGGAGGGUGUUGUCAAGGUUUGAAUGGGUUCUCAUGCUGUAGAGAUGAAAAAGAGGAAAAAGAAUCGAUGAGUAAAAUUGAUUUGUUAUGGAAAAAAUGGGAGGAAAAUGAGAUAGUUACAGUGGCUGUUGUGGUUGGAGUUGUGAUUGCUUCAUCUUAUAACAAUAAUAGUCUUCCGAUUUUCCAAUGGGUUACGAUUGCAAUUAUUGUCGCGAGACAAGAUCGAUGGUGUAUUGUCAAUCAGGCGAAGCUUACUUAUGUUUAUCAUGUGAUUGGAAUGUUCAUUCCGCAAACAUAUUAUCAAAACGCCAUUCAAGAACACUUGUCACACCAGUUCCUUAAAGGAAGUGCCGACACCGGCGGAGAAAAUGACGGCGGGAUAAAGGAGCUUCAUGAUGCGUUCAAGCUUUAUGAUCUUGAACAAGAACAGGUUGAUUUCGGAUUCGGAGUUGCACAGAUGACGACGCGAUUUUGA